ACAUGCAAUCUUCACACAGAAAGGCCACAGACAUGCAGCAGAUGUUGCUGAUUAAAGAAGAAAUUCUUCCUGAACAGCAAAAGUGGAAUCUGAGUGUUGACCAGAAGGACAUGAAAGAGGAACAAGAGAAACUCUGGAUAUGUCAGCAGGGACAGCAGAUGACUUAUCCAGAGACAGAGGCUGAACAUGAAGCCAGCAGCUCAUCUGGACACACAGCACUGCCAGCUCAAGCUGUUGGAGAGGACUAUGGAGGACCACAACCAGCCAGCAACUCGGGUUCAAACAGUCCUUUUCAACCGGAUACCAGUGGUAGGAGUUCAGAUAGUUCUGAGACAGACACUGAUGACAGUCAUGAUUGGAAACAGACUAGAGGCCUUAGUUCAGGUUUGAACUCUCUAAAAAACAGCAAAUGUGGCAACACAAGAACAGAACACAAGGAAAAGCAAGCAAGUGAGAAACCAUUUAGUUGCUCCAUCCGGAGAAAAAAGAGCACUCUGAACAGAGAAAUGACAAUUCAUAAAGUAGAAAAACCAUUUAGUUGUUCUCAUUGUGAUAAAAGAUUUGGACAUAAGUGCAAUCUGAACAAUCACAUGAGAAUUCAUACAGGGGAGAAACCAUUUAGUUGUUCUGACUGUGGUAAAAGAUUUGGACAGAUGGGCACUCUGGACACACACAUGAGAACACAUACAGGGCAGAAACCAUUUGGCUGUUCUGAAUGUGGGAAAAGAUUUACAGAAAAGACCCACCUGACCAUACAUACGAGAAUUCAUACAGGAGAGAAACCAUUUAGUUGUCCUGACUGUGGUAAAAAAUUUAGACAGAGGAGCAAUCUGACCAAACACAUAAGAAUUCAUACAGGGCAGAAACCAUUUGGCUGUUCUGAAUGUGAGAAAAAAUUUGUCUGCAACGGUGACCUGAACAUACACAUGACCAUUCAUACAGGCCAGAAACCGUUUUUGUGUUCAGUUUGUGGUAAAAGAUUUAGAGAUAACGGUACUCUGAGCAAACAUAUGAGAAUUCAUACAGGGCAGAAACCAUUUGGCUGUUCUGAGUGUGGUAAAAGAUUUGUACAGGCAGGUAGUCUGAACAGACACAUGAGAAUUCAUACAGGGCAGAAACCAUUUAGCUGUACCGAGUGUGAAAAAAAAUUUAGAUGCAAGGGCGAUCUGAACGCCCACAUGAGAAUUCAUACAGGGCAGAAACCAUUUUGCUGUUCUGUGUGUGGUAAAAGAUUUAGUCGCAAGGCUGAUCUGAAUAUCCACAUGAGAAUUCAUACAGGGGAGAAACCAUUCUGGUGUUCUGAGUGUGGUAAAAGAUUUAGAGAAAAGGGCACUCUGAAUGCUCACAUGAGAAUUCAUACACGCUAAUCUCAAGCACCUCCAGUUCCAUUGUCAAGGGGUCGAACAGGACAGGUCCUGGUAUGAAGACGUGUCGGUGUAACAAACCAACUAAAAACUUAAGAAAUGCUAAGAUAGAAAAGUCAAAAAAUGAUAAGCUACGGUGCAUCUGGAAAAUAUUCACAGCACUUCAUUGUUUCCGCAUUUUAAUGUUAGUUUAAUUACAAAAUGGAUGAAAUGCAUAUUUUUCCAGAAAAUUCUUCACGCAAUACCCCACAAUGACAAUGUGAAAGGUUUUUUGUUUUGUUUUUUUGUUUUUUUUUUAUAGUGUUUACAGCCUUUGCUA